AUGGCUGAAAUUUCUUUGGGUAGAUAUCUUUUCGAAAGAUUGAACCAACUUCGCGUUCAAACCAUCUUCGGUCUUCCUGGUGACUUCAACUUGUCUCUUCUUGACAAGGUCUACGAGGUCGAUGGCAUGAGAUGGGCUGGUAACGCCAACGAAUUGAAUGCUGCUUACGCUGCUGACGGUUAUUCCAGAGUCAAGGGUUUGGCUUGUCUUAUCACCACUUUCGGUGUUGGUGAGUUGUCUGCUUUGAACGGUGUUGGUGGUUCUUACGCUGAGCACGUUGGUAUGUUGCACGUUGUCGGUGUUCCAUCUAUCUCUUCUCAGGCUAAGCAAUUGUUGUUGCACCACACCUUGGGUAACGGUGACUUCACCGUUUUCCACAGAAUGUCUAACAACAUCUCUCAGACCACUGCUUUCAUCUCCGACAUCAACUCUGCUCCUUCUGAGAUUGACAGAUGCAUCAGAGAGGCUUACGUCCACCAGAGACCUGUUUACGUUGGUUUGCCAGCUAACUUGGUCGACUUGAACGUCCCAGCUUCCUUGUUGGACACUCCAAUUGACUUGUCCUUGAAGCAAAACGACCCAGAUGCUCAGACUGAGGUCAUUGAGACCGUUUUGGACUUGGUCUCUCAGGCUAAGAACCCAGUCAUCUUGGUGGAUGCCUGUGCUUCCAGACACGACUGUAGAGCUGAGGUUGCUCAGUUGAUCGAUGCAACCAACUUCCCAGUGUUUGUCACUCCAAUGGGUAAGUCCACCGUCAACGAGUCUCACCCAAGAUUCGGAGGUGUAUACGUCGGUUCCUUGUCUGAGCCAGCUGUCAAGGAGGCUGUCGAGUCUGCUGACUUGGUGUUGUCUGUCGGUGCUUUGUUGUCUGACUUCAACACCGGUUCUUUCUCUUACUCCUACAAGACCAAGAACAUUGUCGAGUUCCACUCUGACUACACUAAAAUCAGACAGGCCACCUUCCCAGGUGUCCAGAUGAAGGAGGCUUUGCAAAACUUGUUGGCUGGCAUUGGCUCCAGAGUGUCUAACUACACUCCAGUUCCAGUUCCUCAGAAGAGAGUGGUGCCUUCUCCAGGUGACAAUGCACCAAUUUCCCAGGAGUGGUUGUGGUCCAGAGUUUCCUCCUGGUUCAGAGAGGGUGAUAUUAUCAUCACUGAGACCGGUACCUCUGCCUUCGGUAUUGUCCAGUCCUACUUCCCAGACAACUGUAUUGGUAUUUCGCAGGUGUUGUGGGGUUCCAUUGGUUUCACUGUUGGUGCCACCUGCGGUGCUGUCAUGGCUGCUCAGGAGAUCGACCCAAAGAAGAGAGUUAUCUUGUUCGUUGGUGAUGGUUCCUUGCAAUUGACUGUCCAGGAAAUCUCCACCAUGGUUAAGUGGGAGACCACUCCAUACUUGUUCGUGUUGAACAACGACGGUUACACCAUUGAGAGAUUGAUUCACGGUGAGACUGCCACUUACAACGACAUCCAGCCAUGGGACAACUUGGCUUUGUUGCCACUCUUCAAGUCUAAGGACUACGAGACCACCAGAGUUUCUACCGUUGCUGAAAUCGACAGCUUGUUCAACAAUGCUGCCUUCAACGAGAACUCCAGAAUCAGAAUGAUUGAGGUGAUGUUGCCAAAGAUGGAUGCACCAAUGAACUUGGUGAAGCAGGCCGAAUUCUCGUCCAAGACCAACGCUGAAAACUAA